GCCAUUAUUUGAGAAGAAACUCCCCUCAAUAAUGAAUAUAGCAUAUUAUCUCACUCUUAUGUGAAUUCCACUAGCGUGAACUCUCCACCACACCUUCAAUCUUGGUGCAUCCCUUUUUUUAUUAAUGGGCCCAUGUGUUUGAUAAACCUUUACCAUCUCUUCAUGUAUUUGAUUUGAACUUUUACAUCUUCCACUCUAAUCUUUGUUUAGGAAUAUACUUGUCGCCUUGAGAAGAUGGACCAAUACAAACAUUGUGCGACAAAGUGACUAGAAGCAGCGGACCCGUGAGGUAGACGACCUACCACGACGGCUGUGGGCAGUUGAACUGCAGGAGCAUUGAUUGCGCUCGAGCUGGUUGGAGUCUGAUGGGGUUAUUCGAUGGACUACCUAUUCCUGCAAAUAAAACGUACUUAAAGGAAGACCUGUCUAAGAUAGAUGAGAGCUGGGCAGCUGCACGGUUCGAUUCUCUUCCGUAUGUUGUGCAUAUUUUAACAUCCAAAGAUCGUGAAGGGGAAGUGCAUGUUCUGAAGGAACAGAGUGAAAUUGUCGAGGACAUAGUGGAUGAAGUAGUCCAUUCCUAUCAUGUUGGUUUCAACAAAGCAAUUCAAAAUUAUUCGCAGAUUCUGCGUUUGUUCACUGAGUCGACCCAGAGCAUUAGUGGUUUACAGGGUGAUUUGACUGAUUCAAAGAAACUUCUGGGCACCUGCAACAAGCAGUUACAUCAGUUAUGGUAUAGAUCGGUUACACUGCGACACAUAAUAGCCCUUUUGGAUCAAAUUGAAGGCAUAGCGAAGAUACCAACUCGGAUUGAGAAGCUAAUUGCUGAAAAAAAGUUCUAUGCUGCAGUGCAAUUGCAGGUUCGAUCUGCUCUGAUGCUUGAAAGAGAGGGCCUUCAAACAGUCGGGGCUCUGCAAGAUGUUAAAUCUGAAUUGUCAAAGCUCCGAGGAGUUCUCUUCUACAAGGUAUUGGAGGAUCUGCAUGCUCAUCUAUAUCACAAUGGUGAAUACAGUCCACCUCUGCUAGGUAUCAAUGAAAGGGAGGAUAAAAUCCCAACAGCGGCAACCAUCACAUUGUCUCAAAAAGCCAUGCAAGGCGAACAUCAGUUUGGGUCGUUAGGAGUUGGCAAUGGAUUUGUAAAGCUAUGUUCUGUUGCUAUGGGGGAGGAUGAUGGUGUGCUGGAACAUCAUGAAGCUACAUCAGAUUCUAAUAGUGGUGAUUGCGCUCAAAAGGAUGCCAAAGUUUCUAUUAAUCAAGCUCCUACAUGGCUUUCAGAUUCCACGCCUGAUGAAUUUAUUGAAAUAAUGAGAAAGAGUGAUGCUCCAUUGCACAUGAAGUAUUUGCAGACCAUGGUCGAGUGCCUUUGCAUGCUUGGAAAAGUUGCUGCUUGUGGUGCCAUAAUAUGCCAAAGAUUUAGGCCAACAGUACAUGAGAUAAUCACUACCAAGAUCAAAUCUAUUGCCAAAAAUAGAAAUAGUUCAGAGCAUGACAGCGGUUCAUGUCCUCAGACUGCAAUUAUAGGUCAACACCUUCUGAAAGGAAAAUUUGAGAGGUACCCGUCACUGGAACAGAAAUGUCAAAAUGGGGUAUCACUGGCUGGCGUGGUGCUCACUGUUAGUCAUCUCUCACCUGUAAUGGCUCCUAAGGGGAAAGCACAUGUGGCUGCAAAGGAGCUUCUUGAUUCAAUUUUGGAUGCUGCUGUUUGCAUAUUUGAAAACCACAUGUUUGUUGGCGAGCUUCUCGAUUCUAAAUCUUUGCAGCAAGUUGACUUGAACACACCAAGGUCUAUGCCAACUGAUAUUAAUUGGAAUCAAGAUUCAGAUGUAUAUCGUGAUACUGGAGGCUAUAGUAUUAGCUUUUCCUUAAAUGUCUUACAGAGCGAAUGUCAACAAUUGAUUUGUGAAAUCCUACGAGCAACUCCUGAAGCUGCUUCUGCUGAUGCUGCUGUCCAUACAGCCAGAUUUGCGAGCAAGACACCUUCAGAGGAUAAGAGGCAAGUCAAUGAAAUGCUGUAGGAAAAUACACUCAAGGGCAGGCAUACUGGUAGGGAAUGUUGCAGGCAUUUAUAUGCCAGCACAAAAUAAUUUUCUAGUAACUCGUAAACUCAUUUAAAUUCAAAAUUCAUAUCCGGAAAUCAUUUAAAAGCAGAAGUUUUAGAAACAAGACAUGUUUCCAUAAAUGUUAACACGUCAA